AUGAGCCCACUGUGUCUGUCCUUCCAGGGGUUCCCCUACAAACACCUGAUCACCCACCACCAGGAACCCCCACAUCGCUACCUGAUCAGCACCUAUGACGACCACUACAACCGCCAUGGUUACAACCCGGGGCUGCCUCCACUCCGCACCUGGAAUGGACAGAAGUUGCUGUGGCUGCCAGAGAAGUCUGACUUCCCCCUUCUUGCUCCCCCUACAAACUAUGGACUCUAUGAACAACUUAAGCAGAGAUGGCUCGCACCCAAGGCUGGCCUGAAGCAGAGCACUUACACUUCAUCCUACCCCAGACCACCGUUGUGCGCUAUGUCCUGCAGGGAACAUGCGAUUCCAGUCCCUCCCCAUCGCCUGCAUCCUGUCCCACACUUCUGAGAGCUGCCACCCCAGUAGCAGCUCAGAUAGAACCAACGGGAGACCCACAGCAUCCCUGCACUUGUCAGACAACAAGCGGCUGCAAAUAAACUCAGAGUACGAUAUCCGGCCUGUCAAGGAUGCCGUCAGAAUAAUCAUCUGCAUUUGGCGGUACCUGUCCCCUCCCCAAAACCCACAGGUUCCUUCCUUUCCAUCCCACAAUUAAAGCUCUUUGACACUA